AUGGUUUCCAAGAUCGCCAUCAUCCUCGCUGCUGUCGCUCCGGCCGUGCUCGCCGCGCCCACCGAUGGCCUAUCUGCCCGCCAUGCCGAUAUCGCCACCCUCUAUGGCAUCGACACCACGAACAAGACUGUUAUUGACCUGCGCAGCGACACGGAUAAGCUGAAGCGUCAGAACCCUGGCCACAUUUGGGCCUGUGACAACGUCGGCUUCGUGGAGCCUUGCUCCCUGUACGUCGUCCAGAACGGACAGUGGUACAACCUUGAGGGCCUGGGCUUGAACAACCGCAUCUCUAGCAUUGGAGCUGACUGGGGUGCCGGCUGCUGGGCUUGGGACCACUUUGACGCCAACGGAUGCUGGAACGAGAAUGGUGCUCCCGCCCUUGACAUCACGUAUCCCGGCCUUCGCGAUCUCACAAGCUUCAGCUGGAACGACAAGAUUGGCUGUGUCAAGUGCGACUUCUGGGGAUCUUAA